AUGAAGACUUCUAUCUCCAUUCUCACCCUUCUUUCAGCCUCGUUCGUGGCAGCAGCCCCAGCACCUUUUGUGGGCCAGGGACCUGUAGUCGCGGCUGGUACCGAGAACGUAGUCAUUCCUUCUACGAACUUCGGCCGCCGAGAGGAAGACGUUGUACAGAAGUUUGGAGAGAGAGCCCUCAAGCUCCGUGGUGCGCUCUUGGCUGCACGCGGCGGCAUGGGCAAGGAUAAUGGUAAUGCGGAUGCUGAGGUAGCCAACGCUGAGGGCGCUGCGGCUGCCGGUAACAACGACGCUCAGGAUCAGGCGGCACAGGAUGCUGCCGCUGCUGAAGAUGCUGCUCAGGGCAAGGGCAAGGGCAAGGGGAAGAACGCCGAAAAGCAGGCUGCCCAAGAAGCUGCAGCAGCUAAGGAGCAACAAGCUGCCGCCGAUGCUCAGGCACAGCAGGAUGCUGCGGCCGCUGGGAUGAUGAACCAGGGCCAAGCGCAGAAUGCAACUGAGCAGAUGGGAGCAGCAGACCAAGCUGCCGCCGAUCAGCAGGCAAAACAAGACGCUGCUCAACAGGAGGCCGCCGGAGGCAUGAACCAAGACCAAGCACAGAACGCCCAUGAUCAACAGGCAGCGGACCAAGCGGCGGCUGAUCAACAGGCACAGCAGGAUGCCGCGGCUGGGGGUAAAGACCAGGCACAGGACGGUGCUGCAGCCGAUCAAGCAGCGGCUGACCAAGAGGCUGCUCAGGAUGCUAAGCAAAACCAGAAUGGAAAACAGCAACAAGAUGCAAUGGACCAAGCCGCAGCUGAUCAGCAAGCCGCCCAGGAGCAAAAGGGUGCUAUGGGAGCCGAUCAGGCAGCUCAGCAAGACCAGGCAAAGCAGCAGCAGCAAGAGCUAGAGCAAGCUGCCGCUGAGCAGGAGGCUGCCCAACAGAAAGCCGACCAGAAGCAAAAGGAAAAGGAUCAGGCUCAGUUGGAGGCAGACCAGGCGCAGAUGCAACAAGAUGCUGCGAAGGGCAAGGGCAAGGGCAAGGGCCAAGCUGCCGCUGACCAAGCUGCCGCCGACCAAGCUGCUGCCGACCAAGCUGCUCAAGCUGGAAAUGCGACCGGAGUAGUUGACGCUGGAGCCGCAGCCAACGGCACUGGCAACGCGAACAAUGGCAACAACAACGGCAAAGGCAAGGGUAAGGGAAAGGGAGAUGGUAAGGGCAAGGGCAAGGGCAAGAACAACGGCAACAACGGCAACAACGGUAUCGCACAGCUUCUCCAGGAGGCUGAAGCAGCUCUUCAGGCCGGCGGACAGCAGGGUGGAGCUAGUGGAGCUAGUGCAGCUGGUGGCAUCGAAGGUCUUCUCAGCAGCCUCCUUGGUGGUGGUGCCGGAGCUGGUGCUGGAGCUGCUGGAGCCGCUGCUGGUGCUGGCCAACAGAAGGCUGGUGGAAUCGCAGGCCUCGACUUGAGCAAGCUUGGCAUUGGACGCCGUGCCUUCCGUGCCUAG